GGGCCCACCAGCUCUGAGCAGAUCAUGAAGACAGGGGCCUUUUUGCUACAGGGUUUCAUCCAGUAUCGAGCUGGGAGGAUGGCCGGGGAUACACCUGAGCUGACCUUGGAGCAGCCACCCCAGGAUCCGACCACCAAGAAGUUGAGCGAGUGCCUCAGGCGAAUUGGAGAUGAGCUGGACAGCAACAUGGAGCUGCAGAGGAUGAUUGCUAAUGUGGAUACUAACUCCCCACGAGAGGUCUUCUUCCGUGUGGCAGCUGACAUGUUUGCUGAUGGCAACUUCAACUGGGGCCGGGUUGUUGCCCUUUUCUACUUUGCUAGCAAACUGGUGCUCAAGGCCCUGUGUACCAAAGUGCCCGAGCUAAUCAGAACCAUCAUGGGCUGGACACUGGACUUCCUCCGAGAGCGGCUGCUUGUCUGGAUCCAAGACCAGGGUGGCUGGGAUGGCCUCCUCUCAUACUUCGGGACCCCCACCUGGCAGACAGUGACUAUCUUUGUGGCUGGAGUCCUCACUGCCUCACUCACGAUCUGGAAGAACAUGGGCUGAGGCCCUGCCCGCCGUCUUGGACUAUUGUCUUUUUUUCAUAAAUUAUGGCAUUUUUCUGGGGAGAAUGGGGACAGGGGACAGGCAUUUUUCUUACUUUUGUAAUUAUUGGGAGGGGUGGGAAUGGUGGCCCUGGGGGAGGGGACAAUAAACCACAGGUCCACUUUA